UAGAUAGAGAAAUUCCGAGAAACGUUGGGCUCUAAAAGUAGUUUUAUAACUGCUCUCUAGAUCGUGUCAACCUUGAAAUUUCGAAACGAUGCACAAAUAACGAUACGUCGAGGACGGCGAUGAAUUGUGGGUGGGUGAAUUGCAACAUCCACGGCUAGUGAAGGCUAUACACUCACGGAACUCAGCAAGUCACAAUCGAAGUGCCCCCCUUGGACUUAUCGCGUGCGCGCGUAAAGUCCAUAUUCCAUAGCCGGAUAACUGGAUUUGACAGCACUCUUUCCUUAAUCGAGGGCUAAUACAAACCUUCCGUGGCUCGAAUUGAAGAUGACAACGCCGUACGUGCUUCUUUUAUUUAUUUUGACCACUAUUCUCCCAGCACAGCAAGAGGUUAUCGAUGAUGUGCUUACAAGCCUAAGGAAAGGAGUUACGUUCUUCGAAAAACAGUCCAGAAAUAUCAACCUCGAUGGCGUUCUGGGAUACAAAAUUCUUCAUGUUCAACUUGCGGAAGCUGUUCAGUCAUGGCCGAGAGACCUAGACAGCAUAGCUCAGCGCUCUACAGCAGCCUCUCUUUUAAAAAUAUUAGAAAACAGCUUGGGGCAGGCAAUCAAAUCACUCAAGUUGACGGAACCGAAAUACUACAGAGAGUUUGAACCUCUGAUGGCCACAUCAUUUUGGUCCUUACCACUUGAUUGGACCACCACAGACCCCUCCCUAGUGUAUGCAACUCGGAGAUCCACGGAGUGCUAUGAUGAACAGCUCAGUGACAAGUGCAUGACCCUUCUCCUAGGCACAUGGAAAGAUAAUGGAACCCCGUGCAUUGUAACAAAGCUAUGCCGAGACACCAUGACACGAUUUGGCUGUCCACACUAUUCCCUGUCUCACCAGCUGCUUUAUUUCAUGAUUGGGACAAUGAAUGGUUGUUCCAAAAUGCUCAAGGGGGAGAUGAGACAGUCAAGAGUCAACAUGACAGUGCAGCACUACCAGCGUAUCUUCUGCUCCAACAUGAUGAAGAGUAACCAGGAGAUCUAUAAAAAUGGCUUCACUGGCCUUACACAUGACAUUUUUAUCGAAAAUAUACUCCUGUGUGGCUUGGCUGGCUUCUCGGAUUUCUUCAAUCUCGAUUGGCUGGAGCACAUAUUGCGAUGGCAAGACCCUGAAGAUGGUUGUUUUGGGAAAGAGUAUGACUACUCCCUCGGUUUCCUGGAAGAACGUAUAGCACCACAACCUCACAGAAGAGUGAAGAGGAGGGAGAAGACCCUCAGAGACGGAUGUUCAAGUCACAUGACCGGCGUGGCUGUGAGCGCCCUGGGAGGGUACCUGAACUUUUAUCUCUCGGAGCAGGACAUCACAAAGAGACCACUCACCUGAUCACUUCUGCCAUUUGACCAUACAACGUUCACGCUCGCUUAUCAAUAACGGAACACGGCGUUGUCUUUCAAUUGAAUAUUUAAAAUAUGUCAUUUCUAAAUACAUACAAAUAAUCUGA